AUGGGCUCUGAGCAAAUCACCUUGUUUGAUCUCGCCAGCCAAGCGCCGAAUACUUCGUGGUCUUUGAACACAUGGAAGACGCGCAUGCUCUUCAAUUACAAGAAUCUUGACUACAAGACGGAAUGGGUUGACUAUCCAGAGAUUGCGCCGAGAUUCAGUGUACACAUCCCGCCCAAUGACGGAGAGGGCCAGAAGCCAUACACACUUCCCAUAGUCCAGUUCCCAGACGGAACAUAUCUCAUGGAGUCAGGCAAGAUUGCCAAAUCCAUUGAGAGGAAAUAUCCCUCUCCUAAUGUCCACCUUGACUCCCCCAUUGUCCACAGGGUAGACGCCCUCGUUGACAAGUGCAUGCCCGCCACGCAUCCCAAUCUGCUCUACAAGUUUUCCCAAGCCGUCCUCAGCGAAAAGAGCUACGACUAUUGGGUUGGCAUAUACACUGAAAAAUUCGGAAUGUCUCUCGACGAGUAUGAGCGCCGGUUGGGCGGCGAGAAAUCCUGGGUCGCAGCACUUCCAUACUUGACGGAGCUGACUAGUCUUCUCAAGGAGAGACAAGCGGAGGGACCCUUUUUCCUGGGCAAGGAUGUGAGCUACGCUGAUAUCAUCUGGGCGGGAGCCUUGAUCUUUGUGAAGCGAGUAGAUGAAAAUGUCUUUCAGGAACUGCUGGAUAGAACGGGGGCUAGGGACGUGCAUGAGAGGUUUUUUGAUGCGUGCGCGCCUUGGUUGAAGAGAGACAGCUACUAG